AGCAUUUUCAGUAAAGAAAUCGUUUUUAUAUUCUACCCCUUUCUGCCAAAAGUAAAAAACUUUAUUUUUACUUUUUUUAAAUCUGCUUCAAAGAUGAAUUUCAGUAAAAACCCCCAUCGUGGCAGUCCCACUCACAAGGAAAACAUUCCAUCUUCAACCAAAGCAGAAUCCUUUCAGUACCCGAGGACCAUACAGCGCACAGUGCUCGGAUCCUUGUCAGAAAAUGAGCAGCGUGGACGAUCCCUAAGCCAGGGAAGCCAGUUUUCCAAGCACAGUUCUGUUUCAGACAGCUCGCAGCUCAACUUUCUCGGCUGCCCAUCCAGCUCCAGCUAUGAUGUGUACGUUGAGGAGGCUUGUGAAGUUGUCCUCGCCGCUUCGGGUCAGGAAGUCAUUUCAGAUGAUUAUGACCUUGAGGUUGAUGCCAAUCCCCUGCAGAAUGAACAUGUCAGGCUCCUGAUGGAGUUUAGUUCAAAUUCAUGCCAGGAUGCCUCCAUGCUGUCCGAACCAGAUGAAUCCCUGAUAUCUGGAGAGACUUUCUGUUUUGAUUAUGCAGAAGAUAUUUACAAGAACUUAAGGGAGAGUGAAAAGCAGUUCAGGCCAAAGCCAAGCUACUUGGAGAGACAUCCAGAGAUCACCAAUGGUAUGCGGGUCAUUCUGGUGGAUUGGCUGGUGGAGGUUGUCCAGGAAUACAAGCUCGGUUCUGAAACUCUGCACCUUGCUGUAAACUACCUGGACCGUUUUCUGUCCUACACAACAUUUAUCAAGAGGAACAAGCUGCAAUUGGUGGGAACAGCUGCAUUACUGAUUGCCGCAAAAUAUGAAGAGAUCUUUCCUCCCGAACUGAACGAGUUUGUGUACAUCACAGACUGCACCUACGCUAAGAAACAGCUGCUGCGGAUGGAGAGCGUUCUACUAAAGGUGCUGGACUUCAAGAUGGCAGCACCCACCACCAAUCAGUUCCUUCGCCUAUUCAUGUUCAUCCACUCUGUCUGUUCAACAACAGAGAACCUUGCCAUGUACAUAGCAGAGUUAAGUUUACUAGAAACAGAUCCCUUCCUUCAAUACACCCCAUCCAUACUGGCAGCUGGAACCUACUGCUUAGCUACCUACACUAUACAUAAAUCUUACUGGCCUGACUCUUUAAUUACCUUUACUGGGUACACGAUGGAGGAAAUCAUGCCCUGCCUGACUUCUCUCCACAAGCUGUAUAUCAGUGCAGAGACUCGACCACAACAAGCUGUCAGAGACAAAUACAAAACAUCAAAGUACGGAGAGGCAGAAAGUCCCAACUGGAAUUUAUGAAACUAGAUUUGCCAUCUCAGUUCUUCAUG